AAAUAUCAAUGGGGGAUGUCCCAAGGAUCCCGCCUAGCAGGCCGACCCUACCUACUACCCUGCUCCUGUCCCCUCCCUCCCUUCCUCUGCACUUCUCUUCUCCCCCGUAGGCCUACCCUACCUAUUCUUGUCCUCCUGUCCCCUCCCUUCCACUCCUCUCCAGUUUCAUCUCAAAUCCAAUUUGCCAUUGUAGCCUACAUGCCCAAUCGCCCAGGACUGCGCGCAUUUAACAGUUUUAUGUAAUCGUUAGUAGAAUGCGGUGCAAGUCUGACGCAUUGAUCAUUGUGCCAUUUAUCAUUGCUGCGAUCAUUCCAGGACAGACCUGCCUCAAGAUUUAUGCUACAUUUUACAUUUAAAUUCGAGUCAUUUAGCAGAUGCUCUUAUCCAGAGUGAUUUACAGAAGUGAGUACAUACAUUUUCGCACUUUUUAAAAAAUAUAUAUUUUUCUUUAUUCUCAAAGCAUUAACAAAAAUAGGCCUAUGUUUUACUGAAACACCACGUUUGGGUAACCGGAAUAAAGCAACAAUAUAUUCAACUGUUUCUCUUGACGUUUGUUUGCUGUGAGUCAUUCAAAUGGACAAUAAACAUUCACAAGCGAAGGCAGAGACGGCACAGGAGACCCGUCCGCCCGCUAAAGACUCACCUUUCUCUAUCAAGAACCUGCUCAACUUCGACAGUAAACCUUCCAAGCCGAAGACGCUGCUUGCCACCACCAAAGGACUAUUGGAAGGAGGUUUCUCUCUCUCCCGGAUCGGUGAUUUAACUUUUCCUAGUUUUGACAUCCCAGCCCAGAGAUUUGGAUUAUCGGCGCACUAUUUGGAACGACCGUCGGCGUGGUGGUAUCCCUACGCGCUUGGCACAUCGGGACACCAUCUCUACAGGACCGGAGGGUUUGAGAAGGCCGUCGUGAGAGACACACCAUCAACAGGCGGGGACCGAGACACACCGGAGCUGCUGCGAAAAUCACCCGACCAAGAUGACGACAAAAACAAAAGUACUGAUGAUGUCGUUCUGGAGGAGAGUGAUGGGGAUGAACCAAAGAAGGAAGUAGAGUUGGUGGAUGACUGGAGGAAAAUUAAAGACGAGAACACGGAUAAAAAAACGUGUCGGAAAAAGAAAACGCGGACAGUCUUUUCAAGGAGUCAGGUAUUUCGGUUGGAGUCAACGUUCGACAUGAAACGGUACCUCAGUAGCUCGGAACGGGCAGGCCUGGCGGCAUCCCUACACCUCACAGAGACCCAGGUGAAAAUCUGGUUCCAGAACAGAAGGAACAAGUGGAAACGACAGUUGGCCGCGGAACUCGAAGCGGCCAAUCUGAGCCACGCCGCGGCCCAGAGGAUAGUCCGCGUUCCCAUAUUGUACCACGAGAACACCGGCUCAGAAACUGGCAGCGCUGGGAACGUGUCAGUCAGUCAGUCCCUACUAACAUUCCCUCAUCAAAUGUACUAUUCACAUCCACUAGUCACAUCCGUGCCGCUGCUGAGACCAGUUUGAGAGACUCAUUUAUUGUGUUGAUAUUUCUGUAUUGUAAUUUAUGUAUUACAAACAUUAUUAGGCCUAUUUUUAUUUAUUUUUAAUCUAUGAUAAUAGUUGGUGUUGGUUAAAAGGCUUUGUAUAUUGUACAGGUCUAUUAUGACAAAUGUU